CAGAAGAACUGACGCGCAGCUACGCCUACGCUAGGUACCUGCCUACCUAAACCAAGCUCCCGCAAUGGGUUGGUUGACCUCAACCUGGAGCUUCACCUCACUCUCACAAUCACGAUUAUACAGCUCCCACAACCACCCACGAUCCGCUUGACCUCUACGGUUCCUCGUAUUCUAGCACUAGACACCCCAGUCUCUUUCAGACCAAGAUGGAUCACAGACCGCAUGCUUGGGGCCGUCCCAGAGACGAUGUCUACGGUGCCUAUGAUGCCUCAUACAUGCAGCCCAACAACGGGCCUAACCAACACACACAAUCACCCAUCGUCACCGGAACCUCGGUACUAGGCAUGAAGUUCAAGGACGGCGUCGUCAUCGCCGCUGAUAACCUAGCCUCCUACGGCUCCCUAGCCCGGUUCACAGACGUCAAGCGUCUCCGUACUUUCGCCGACUCGUCGGUCGUCGGGUUCGGCGGCGACGUAUCGGACAUGCAGUACCUCGACCGGCACCUGACGGAGCUCGCCAUCGAUGAGGCGUACACGAGCACGACGACGACCUCGAACGCCCAGCCGACGCUCAACGCGCGGAAUCUGCACAAGUACCUGUCCAAGCUCAUGUACCACCGCCGGUCCAAGUUCGACCCGCUGUGGAACCACCUGCUCGUCGCCGGCCUCGACGAGUCGGGCGCCCCCUUCCUCGCCGCCGCCGACCUGCUCGGCACCACCUUCACCUCACCCUCCCUAGCCACCGGCUUCGGCAGCAUGUUGGCGCAGCCCAUCAUGCGCAACCUGGUGCCGGACGAGGCCGCCGUGGCGAACGUCACACGCGAGCAGGCCGUGGACUGCGUCCGGGAGUGCAUGAAGGUCCUCUUCUACCGCGACGCUCGAUCGCUAGAUGCAUACUCCUUGGCCGUCGUGACUAAAGACGGCGUCGAGCUGAGUGAGACCGAGAAACUCGAGAACCAGAGCUGGGCCUUCGCCGACCGUAUCAAGGGAUACGGCACACAGACCGUGUAAAAGACCUGACAAUAAUCAUCGUCUAAAUGGUGUGUAGAUAACUAGAACGAUGCAUAUCAUGAUCAGGAUAGGCGGGACUCCGUUUGGGAUUGUGCCUCGUACAGGACCCAACCUGGGAACUUCCUCGUGGGAAAUCAAGGUCUACUUACCUACCUAGGAUACCGCGGCAUCGGCCUACUCCCCUUUCACUUUACGAAAGUCCACGUCUAGAUAUGGGAUGAAGACAAGGAUGCGAUAGAGUAAAC